AUGGAGAUGCUCCAGGGACUGCUGCUGUGGCUGCUGCUGGGCGUGGCCGGGGUGUGGGCUUCCAGGGGGCCACUGCGGCCGCUGUGCCAGCCCAUCAACGCCACCCUGGCGGCUGAGAAGGAGGCCUGCCCUGUCUGUAUCACUUUCACCACCAGCAUCUGCGCCGGCUACUGCCCCAGCAUGAAGCGGGUGCUGCCUGUCAUCCUGCCGCCCAUGCCCCAGCGGGUGUGCACCUACCACGAGCUGCGCUUCGCCUCCGUUCGGCUCCCCGGCUGCCCACCUGGCGUGGACCCAAUGGUCUCUUUCCCCGUGGCCCUCAGCUGUCACUGUGGGCCCUGCCGCCUCAGCAGCACUGACUGCGGGGGUCCCAGAACCCAACCCUUGGCCUGUGACCACCCCCCACUCCCAGACAUCCUCUUCCUCUAA